AUGGCAAAUAAUAGUCAACAUACCUCGAGUACGCACUCGCAAAACAUUCAAUAUAACAAUAUAAGUAUGCCUAGUCAACCUCAAAGCCAGCUAAAAGACAAAAUACAACAGAACUCUUUGGACGAGAAAAAACAAAAGAAAGUAGUUCAGCAUGGUCACAAACGAAAAUUAAUGGAGAACGAAAAAGAUAAACAAAAGGCAGAAUACGAAAGUUCAAGGAACGAAUUAAAGAGUCUUUUGUCGCAAUAUGGCACAAAAGCAAAAGUCGCCGAUGAUCUAGAAAAGGAUACAACAAAACUUCGUGGGAGCAUCGAAAAUUUAUUAGCAAGAGUACAAUCGAAUAAAUGCAACAAGGACAACAAGAAAUCGCACCACACAUAUCUUUACAUUGAACCAUAUGAACCAGUUGUACAUGGAACUUUUGGAAUCGACCAACCCGCAUCUAUGGGUAUAAUGUGUUCGAUGGUAAAUUCUGUAAAAGACUUUUUUGCCGAAGUGAUCAAUGGAGGUCGCGGGUUCGGCAAUCCUAAUUAUGAUGGCUUCGUGCCAAUAUAA